AUGCAGCAUAUUGAAAUGGAGUUGCUCAYUGGGCACACGUGGGAUGGCAUACCUGUGAGCCAUGAGCCUGUGACUGUGCGACUGAAGCCACAUGAGGCAGGGCUGCUAAUGGAAGUCAGUGCUCCCUUCUUUAAUGAUCCUCCAGCACCACUUGGAGAGCCAGGGAAGCCCUUCAGUAACCUCUGGGACUAUGAGGUUGUAGAAGCAUUUUUCUUGAGUGAUGGAGCUGAACAGUAUCUAGAAGUUGAACUUUGUCCUCAUGGACAACACUUGUUGCUGCUUCUUUCUGGUAGAAGAAGAGUAUGGAAAGAAAAUCUUCCUUUAGAAUUUGAGGUGAUCAGAAUGGAAGACAAAUGGGAAGGUAAAGCUUGUCUGCCUUGGAGUUAUUUUCCACCAUGCACCAACAAGUUUAAUGCAUUUGCAAUUCAUGGCUCGGGAGUAGAGAGAAAAUAUGAAGCACUUCAUCCUGUGCCUCGACAUGAACUGCAUGAAGGACAGAAACCAGACUUCCAUYGUCUGGAGUUUUUCAAAGAAUUAAACCUGAAUGCACUAAUGGGAGAAGAUUGGAAGCAGCCUGAAUCCACUAUAUGGAAAUGUCUCACUGACUAGCAAAGCGGAAUAAGGCCUGCACUUUUGAUAGGAUUAAGGUUGGAUCAAGCUGUGUGGAAACUCUCUUGAUUUUAGAGUUUAAAUAUGAUUUGUAAAUAUGAUUAGUAAAGCUCUGUCUUCCAAAGCACUAAUUGCCCUUACAGUGAACUAAAGUAUUGGGACCAGUUAUUUAGAAAUGUAUGAAGUAUGAAACUGUCCCUGUUUACACGCAUGUAUGGAGCUUUGUCUGCAUCCCWACUGAUGAACCUGCUAUUACCAACUAAUAGAAACUGUGCCAAAAUUAGAACGGUUUUCAUGAGACCUCAUCUUGACAAAGCAAAUGUCUGUCUUGGAAUCUUCAUCAAUCUCCUUUAGUUGCUGUUUCUGCUACUGUUUUCCCUGCUACUUAUUUUUUGGCUGUUGAAUGUGAUUCUUGUUUGUCUAAAUCACUUUUGUUUAGYGUCAUCUAGUAUAAUCUCCUUCUGUAGGAGAUGAGAACACCAUUUUCAUACCUUUUUCUGGCUCAGAUCUCUCAUUGCAAGCUGUUCUGGUGGUCGGACCCUUUCCCAGACUUAAAGUUUUCUUUUGCACAGUGCUAAAGAGKCAUCUCAGUCUGGCUGUUGGCUUAUUAGAAGCCUUAUGUGCUUCUAAGUCAAUGUAGAAUUUUAAGUGAUGUUUAAGUAUAAAGGCUAAGUUUACAAAGUUUUAUGCACUUGAGGCAGAGCUUUUGGGAGAAGUAUUACUUAGAUUCUGUGGUAUAAUUGUCCAAUAAAAAUGUUUCAAGGUUUUUAUCAUAUCAUGGUAAGUACUCAGCUUGGAUAUUAGAAGCCAGAAACUAACAAUUUCUAUUGAAUUGCCACUAGACAAUGGGAACCCAAAUGAAUGGUAGGUGCCUGCAUUUCAAUGCUUUGUUGUGAAUAUUAUAGUGCUAAAAGUCUGUUAGACUUGCACAAUGGUAAUAUGUAAUGGCUAAACUCUUGCAGGAUUUACAAAUGAGAUAUUCCCCUCAAGACUUGAGCUUGUGUUUAGCAGAAUGUGUUUUGUUCAUGAUGGCAAAUGGGAUCCUAGGGUAGCUUAGUAAAUGGAGAGCUUGCCUAAUAACCAGAUGGUUCAUGUAAGUGGUAACAUAAAAUGGAAUUUACUUGUUAAAUUUAGUGUGGGAUUCUGAUCAAGAUAUGAUCAAUCUUUCUUAUUAGGAAGAGGGCUUUCUGCAUCCUGUUCAAGUGUCAUGAUCAUAGAACUGUUUUGAAAAAUGGACUCUGGGCCUUGUCCAAAUGUUAUGAAUUCAAAAGAUUCAGGUGCUCUGUAGCCUGCUACAAUGUGCAACCUUGUUUGCUGUGGAAACUUUUCUUACUUGUACUUUGU